AUGGGCUGUAAUAAAUAUAAGGAGGCUGCAAAUUUGCUUAAUGAUGCGCUUGCAAUUCGUGAAAAAACCUUAGGCGAAAAUCACCCAGCUGUAGCUGCUACUCUCAACAAUCUCGCUGUGCUUUAUGGUAAACGUGGCAAAUACAAGGAUGCCGAGCCGCUUUGCAAGCGAGCUUUGGAAAUUCGUGAGAAUGUGCUUGGCAAAAAUCACCCGGACGUUGCAAAACAACUGAACAAUUUAGCACUUUUGUGUCAGAACCAGACAAAGUAUGAAGAAGUGGAGAUGUAUUACCAAAGAGCCUUGGAAAUAUACGAAAUGAAGCUUGGGCCUGAUGAUCCAAACGUCGCAAAGACCAAGAACAAUCUUGCAAGCUGCUAUCUGAAACAAGGCAAAUAUAAGGAAGCUGAAAUUCUGUACAAGCAGGUUCUAACUCGUGCUCACGAGAGGGAAUUCGGAGCGAUCAACGGUGAAAACAAGCCUAUCUGGCAGGUUGCCGAAGAAAGAGAAGAGAACAAAUCGAAAAAUCGUGAAAACACACCGUAUGGAGAAUAUGGCGGUUGGCACAAAGCAGCUAAAGUUGACUCUCCUACUGUGACGACAACAUUGAAGAAUCUAGGCGCCCUCUACAGACGACAAGGAAAGUACGAGGCUGCUGAUACCUUAGAGGAUUGCGCCCUACGCAGCAAAAAAGAGGCGCUGGAUUUAGUAAAGCAGUCCAAGGUUGCGAAAAUCCUGGGAGUGUCCGACGAAAACAGACGUCAAAGGAUGAAGGACAGUGAUAGCUAUGACGAAGAGGGAAAGCGAUCUCAAAAGUAGAUUGAUGGUUUUACGUACUAUUACUACUGCUAUAACCAGCAUGCAAGUUUUCACAAACGUCAGUAUUGGCACUUUUGUUUUAGGUUGUACGAAAAAUGUGAAAAAAACUAGAUAAUUAUUUUGUUUUUGCUUAUACUGUGUUCCACUUGACGGGUUAUUUUUACCCAAGGCUUUGCAAAUAAAAAAAAAAAGUGUUACAUCCUAUUUCAUUCCAUUGUGGCUAUUGCAGCAUUGGUGCCGGCUUUUGAAUCAUUCAUCUGUGUGUAAUUGUCUUAAUCCAUUAUUCGAUCGUGUCUUCCUGCUGAGAGUUAUGCUCUCUGUUCCAUCGUAGGGUCCUUAGACCAAUGCAUUAUUCAUUUCUGUUUAUGCAGAUAACGAGAGCUUAAUUUACUUAGUCAUGAUUAAUUUUAGAGAGCAUAUUACCUAUAUUUGUAAAACAUAUUUUCUAAAACGGUGCAAGUAUAUUCCUUUACAAUGACAGGUGAAGAAUGGUUGCAAACUCAGCAUAUAUUAAGUAUAGCCAAUCAUCUGGAACUUAAAAGCAUUUCCAGCAAAAUUACUAAUUGUUUGGCGAGUUACAUAAUGUUUGCCAAUAGUUCUCUUUUUUUUGCUUAAAUUACUAAAGUUAAUUGGUGGCACACACCUAACAUCUAUAUUUAUUAUUUAUUUAUUUGAAACUGAUUAUAAGAAAAUUACAGAAGUGAGUCUUUUGAAACAGUAAUUCAAUGAACAUAUUCGCUGAUUAAGAACGCCUAAGGUUUCGCCUUUUUCAAAAAAUGUUUACACAUUUAACAAUCGAAACGUAUCGCGUCUCUUGAUCCUGGAUUGCUGCCUUACUUGACACCGAAAACGGGUUUGCAUGAUUUUCUGCAAGCAAUUCUGUAACCCGAUGUAUUGUUAGAGCAUCUUCAACAGAGUCACAAUUCGUAUGGUAAGUUACACAAUUUAUGUAACUCGCCAUAUGAUUUGUAACUCUGCGAAGAUUCCCAAAGGGAUGCUAAACAUUGGCCUGUGUAUCAAUCAAAAGAAAUAAUUAAUAGAAUUACUCAGAGUCCUAGUCGAAUGAAACACAAAGCAUAACUCAAAGAAGGAAAAAAAAAAUAUACCAAAGUUUCAAAUUCAUCAUCUGUAACCUUCAAACUUUUGUUUCGUCAAAGCACAUUUCGUGCGAAAAGUUACGGAAAGAGGGAGAUCACAAUUGUAACGCUUUAUAAACUGAAAUGUUGAACUGCUUAGAUCUUUCCAAUAGAUAGCAGAAUUUGCUUGUUGGCUGCUCCCAUCAGUGCGUUUCUAACGCUCGUUUUUUCGGAAAAUGGGCUGUGUUUGUAAUGAUGAAUGAAGUGCUGUAGGUAUCUAUCACUAAGACAAUUUAUUGCAUCUAAGAGAGUUACUCUUAAUACACUAUAUCAAACGGCAAAUGAAAAUUGAUUAAAGAUGUUUGAAAAAAAUCUGAAAUAAUUGUAAGACGACAUGAUAGUAACCCCUUAGGUAACACUUAUAGCUAUUGAUUUCAAAAACCAUUACAUAAGCGUUUACUAAUGGCCUUUUGCUGCGUUUGUGAAAAUUUGACAAAAAAAAAGAAGUAAACAUUCUCAAAAUUAGAUUUACGAAAUAUUUAGAAGCACAUUUUGGUGCAAUAUUAACGAAGAACGAGAACUAUUAUUUUACUAUCUCUCUCUGCUUUUAAAUUGUUUGAAGAAAUACACGUAAUCAACCACACACAGCUCAGUAUGACAUCCAAAUUGAACACAAAAGAACAUUCAGGUCGCCUUAUGAAGUGAAAUAAACAAUUGCUGGAAUCUAA